AGUGUGAAUGUGGUCUCACAUAAGGAGUUAGAAUGUGGUCUCACAUAAGGAGUGUGAAUGAUUGACACAUUGCCAAAUAAAAAGUGUAGUUUAAGGUAAAUGAUUAGAAAUGACAACAUAUUAGACAUGACUGAUUGAGUGAUGUAAUCAAUAAGAUCAUUAAGGAGAUUACAGCUGCAGCACGUGGGAGGUCAAAGUUUCACAAACUUUUUGUUUAGUCUUGAAGACACACACCUGAGCUGAGCACGCCUCCAACUUCCCAAUAACUCUUAUCUCAGCACACUUCUCUGGAAGAGGCUCAGCGACACUAUUUAACAUCGGGCACACUCUGUCUCACACACACUCUGUCUCACACACACUCUGUCUCACACACACUCUGUCUCACACACACUCUCCCACACACCUGGAAAAGCUCUGCCUUGUAGUUGAUGUGUGCACAUAUUUGUGCAGUAGAAGAAGCCGCUGAUGAUGUCUGGCAGCAGCACAGAAGAAGAUCUGGAGUGUGUGAUUUGUUGCCAUCAGUAUUGUCACCAGCAGCGGGUUCCACGCAUGCUCCACUGCAGCCACACCUUCUGUGCUCCUUGUCUGGAGAAACUCUCCCACCUGGAAGGUGUGAUCAGGACCAUCUGCUGCCCGCUCUGCCGCUGGAUCACCUGUGCCAGGGCCAGCCUCACCCUGCCAGGUGCAUUGUGGGUCAACACCCACAUAUGGGACAUGAUUACGGACAGAGAGCAGCAGCAUCAGGAGAAGGAGAAUGAGAAGAAGAAAAUGACGUGGAGGAAGCAGAAGGACCAUCAUCUCAUCCAGCCCAACUUAGUGGAGUCCAAGUCCCCAGAGGUGAAGUGGACGUUCCAAAGAAUGUUCCGCUGUGUCUCGCUGACUUAACGUUUGCUUAAGUGGAUCCACUGCUGGUGUUCUUCUUGUCACGUCCACCACGUUUGUCAAUAGUUCUGCAAGAACUUUCACUGUAAAAAUGUACAAAAUUCCAAAUGUUCUUGGUUUCUUCAGUCUUACUGCAAGGUGAAGAUUUUGACUGUGAAAGCUACAAUGUGAAUGUUAUUUAUGUUUUAUAUUUAUUGUUCAAAGUUACAUCUCUCUGUUUUGUUCUUUUCUCAUGUGAAAUCAAUCCUUUGUUAAAAAAUGGAUCAAUUAUGGCAUUAAAUAAAUGUGAUUUUGUUUAUACCGAUUUCUU